CCGCGACCUAUGUGGCGAGGAGUUGGCUGCUAGAUCUACUGCUGUGCAAGUUGGAAUUUUGUGAGGGAAAAUUGGAGAAGAUUAGAAAAGCAACAGUGCCCUACCCAACUGAAGAAGAGUGACAGAUCAGAGAUCUGCGUGCCCUGAAGAAUGGAGCCCCCGAUUGAGUUAAUCGAAGCCGAGGCUGGCCUCACGGCAAAGUCAAGGUCAACUGCCGCAGACGCUGUCAUUGACUUCGCAGGAGGCACCAUGGGAGGCAUCACCAGCGUGUACGUGGGCCAGCCCCUGGAUACGGUCAAGGUCAAGAUGCAGACCUUCCCCACCAUGUACCGGAACGGCCUCGACUGUUUCCUCAAGACCUUCCGUCAGGACGGCAUCGCUCGUGGAUUGUACGCCGGGACGGUCCCCUCCCUCGCUGCCAACAUAUCGGAAAACGCUGUGCUCUUCCUUUUUUAUGGCGUUUGUCAAAAGCUGGUUGCGGGCGUGAUGGGAGGCAAGGAAGUGAAAAACUUGAACCCGUUUGAGAACGCGGUGUCUGGGGGAAUGGCGGCGUUUUUCUCCUCGUUCUCGCUGUGUCCCACGGAGCUGAUCAAGUGUCGUCUGCAAGCCAUGAGGGAGAUGGCUACCAAAGGGCAGCUGGAGGGUGGCCUGGAGAGACUCAAGAUAGGGCCGUUUGGCCUGACCAAGGAAAUUCUCCAGAAGGAGGGAGUGAAAGGAUUGUUCAAGGGCCUGACCGCCACCUUUCUGAGGGAGAUGCCCGGCUACUUUUUCUUCUUCGGGGGCUACGAAAUCUGUCGCCAUCUCCUCACCCCUCCUGGGAAGACCAAAGACGAAAUAGGUCCAUUGAGGACCAUCCUGUGUGGAGGAGUGGGCGGGGUCACCCUCUGGGUCAUCAUUUUCCCGGCCGACGUGGUCAAGUCUCGGAUACAGGUCCAGUCUGUGUCGGGCAAACCUCCGACGUUCAGGACCGUGUUCUUCAAGAUUCUGCAACAAGAAGGACCCAAGGCUCUCUACACGGGACUCGGACCGACAGUCGUGAGGACGUUCCCAGCCACCGGCGCCCUCUUCCUGGCUUACGAGACCACCAAGAAAUCUUUAAACCGGCUACACGAUUACGCGACUAGCCCUUAGAUAGUAGAAGUAAACUGCCGCAGAUCUGUCGAGUGUGUGUGGUGGCGUGUAUGGCUGGAUGUUUGGUUUUUGGAGGACAGCUUUAUCAGAUUUUAGAAAUGUCACAACAUUAUUCUUCUGUUCCAAGGGGACGUUCAAAUAUAAUCUUACGCCUGGAAAGGGGGGAGAGGAGGGGAAGGGGGGAUCUUC